UUUUUUGGAUGGGGAUCGCCCAUUUUUGGUUUGACCGAUUUCAGUCUCAUUCAAAUGAUUUCAUUUAUUGUUCAGAGAGAAAAAAAAAAAAAAAAAAAAGUGGCGCUUCAGAUUUUUUUUCUUCUUCUCGUUUUUCCCUUUGUCUUUAUUUAAUAUUCAAUGUCUUUUACUGCUCCUUUGGUUGAUAGUGAAGAAUUAGUCAAAUUGAUUCGUGAUCCUACAAAACAAGUUGGUAUAGAUUAUGUUAUUGUUGAUGUAAGAGAUCAAGAUUUUAUUGGAGGAAAUAUACCAGGUGCUUUAAAUAUCCCGGCUAAUCAAAUAGUUGACUCAGCAACAGAGUUGGUUCAAAAAUAUUCAAAAGUACCCGAAAUCUAUUUUCAUUGUGCUUUAUCUCAAGUGAGAGGUCCUAAAUCUGCUCGUAUAUAUAAAGAAUAUUUACAUCUUCAAGGCAUUACAACUGAUCAACAGGUUAAAGUGAUUCGAGGUGGUUUUGAAGGUUGGCAACAAAAAUACAAAGAUGAAAAGGAUUUGAUCGAAAACUAUGAUCCAGAACUAUGGGCAAAUGGAUGGUGAUCCUUUCUAUUUAGUUAUUAUAUAUAUUUUUAGCAUACAUACAUACAUAUAUCAUCAAUAGCAUUCAUCAUCAUUUUUAUAUCAAUUCAAAUAAAAUCUCAUCUCUAUUAUAGUAUUAAAGUUCAGGGGUAUGUGAUAAAACAGAACAUUUGUACCUUCCGAC